AUUUAUGUGUCAUUCUGCCAUAUUAAAAAUUUUCUUUCACCCAUUUUCAUCAGUAAUUUUGGUAAUAUUUGAUACUUUCACAAUUUUCCUGAAAGAAUCAUGAGACGCAAAUCCGAGAUUCAUAAACACUUUGACGCAUCUCAAGACAAAGUUCGCUGUAUCUAUUGCAAUUACGUUAUUAUAAAAAAUGCCACAAGGAUGACAGAGCAUCUGCAGAAAUGUGAACAGUGUCCAGAGGUUGUUAGAUAUUCAGAGUUUCUCAAUAGGCCGAAAACAAAAGUGGAAAAUAAUACCAUUGAAUAUUCUCCAUCUACAGUCAAAGUGGACGAACCAGGACCAGAUUUCUCAGAGAUCAAUGACUGGACGGUGUUCUCCAAUGAUGAUUCCAAUGAUAUGAUAAGAACAAUGACCCCUCCGCCACCGGGAAAGAGACUGAAACCAGAGGAUAAGAGCCAGAAUCCAUUCAUUGAGAUGGAAGAUACCCACAUUGAUUACUUCUUCAAGAGUAUGUCCCUGCAGGUGAAGACAGCAAAUAUCUCUCAGCAGAACUUUAUAGACUUGCAGAUUGCUUUUCUCAAUCUAUUUGCGUCCAAGGUAAGGGAGUACAAAUCAUAAUUCGCGUAAGCUCUAAUUUAAAUCACUCCCCCGGAGUUCGGUUUGAUUUUUAUUUUCAAACUAAAGUUCUAUUUUGUAAGAUUUCCGAUAACAAAAUCAAUAAUAAAAUUAUUUUGCAAUUUAGAUGUGUCAUAAUAAGCAAAGUAUUCUAAAAAAAAUUAUGCUGUGUAGCGAACGUUUUGUAGAAUAUAUUGUAGGGUCUAUCACCAAUUUUGUGUACUUUUUCGUUUAAGUAAGAAAUAAAUUAUAGGAUUUACAGAAACAA